AUGCAAGAUAUUUAUAAUGAAAUUUAUCACAAUUUUACAGUUGAUACUCAUAAAGUCUUGCUCCAGGCAGAAAAUCAAGUAUUUUUAAUCGAAUCCUCAAAAAAUAUAUAUGAAAGCGAUCCAAAUCAACUAAGCAAUUGGAAAAUUAUAGGAGCAUCGCAGAUUAGCUUUUACCACAGAGCAGCAUACCAAGUUUAUUUCAAUCAAAGUUGCUAUUUUAUUGACAAUAAUUGUAGAAUAUAUAAAUUUGAUAUGAAGAGUUUAGAAUUAAUGAUGAUUCAGAAAUAA